CACAAACUUCCGACAAGGAUGCACGAAACCCUCGAAGAGAUUUCCCUUUAGUUAAUAUCCUUGUUGAUUUCCUUGAAAGACACUAACACAGUGUAAACAGACUAGAAACACAGCGCCAGUCAUGUCAGAGACAUACGAUUUCCUGUUUAAGUUCCUUGUGAUAGGAAAUGCAGGGACUGGAAAAUCUUGUCUGCUUCACAAUUUUAUAGAAAAAAGAUUCAAAGAUGACUCGAAUCACACUAUUGGGGUUGAAUUUGGCUCAAAGGUAAUCAGUGUGGUCAAUAAGUCUGUCAAGCUCCAGAUCUGGGACACAGCAGGACAGGAGCGUUUCAGGUCUGUAACACGCAGCUACUACAGAGGGGCAGCAGGGGCUCUUCUCGUGUAUGACAUCACUAGUCGAGAAACAUACAACGCUCUGACCAACUGGCUGACCGAUGCCAGGAUGCUGGCCAGCCAGAACAUAGUGAUCAUACUGUGUGGAAAUAAGAAAGAUCUGGAUGCUGACCGUGAAGUCACCUUUCUGGAGGCCUCACGCUUCGCUCAAGAGAAUGAGCUCAUGUUUUUGGAGACCAGUGCUCUUACAGGGGAGAACGUGGAGGAAGCUUUUGUCCAGUGUGCUCGGAAAAUCCUUAACAAGAUAGAGUCAGGAGAGCUGGACCCGGAGCGGAUGGGUUCAGGAAUCCAGUACGGAGAUGCAGCGUUGCGGCAGCUGCGUUCUCCCAGACGAGCUCAAGCAGAGAGCGUGCAAGAGUGUGGCUGUUAACACUGAUCCCAGGCAGCUGACCAACCAGCCGAGGCAGGUAUUGAGAACAUGAGGAGGACAUCAGUGGGGAGUUUAACGUACGGCUCAUCAUGGUGGAGUGACUGUUUCCCUCACCUUACUUUUACUCCUGUUCUGACAUGCUGGGGGACCCCCUGUGCUCCAGAAGGCUCUGGAGAAUGUUUACUGCCCCCCUCGGGCUCGAGCCAAGACAUCUGUGGUACCCAAAACCCUGAGGGUAGCUAAAAGACCCGGCCCCUGUCCCUGAGAAUACUGCACUGAGCCCCUGUUCUGCCUUUCCCUCUUCCAUAUGUAGAUGUUGUGUAGAGAAGAGUUUCUAUUAUCACCGUGGAGCAUGUUUCAUGGUUGCAGUGCUAUGACAUAUUCAUAAAUGAUUAUAUAAAGCAUAUAUAUAGCUUGGGCAUACUGCCUCUGUGAAUCUUAUCUAUGGAGUUUAUCAUGCAUUAUCUUGCUAGCACAUUGUUUCCUUUUAUUUGAUUUUUUUCUUUCCAUGUGUAUUAUGCAUUUUUUUGGUUAGUAUGUUUUAGGAAAGGAUGCUAUGUUUGUUUAAAUUUAAGGGCCAGUGCACCCUUGCCUUCAUAACGCACUGGAAUACAUUGUCAGUAUGAAUAGCUUCAAAAUCAGUGUUACAUGCUCUAUAUUUAUUGUAAAGCAUUUUUGUGCUACAGUCCCAUUUUAAGGUGUCUGUUGGAAUGGCACUAUUUAAACUGAUUUAUGAUUUAGAUUUACUGAUUUUUUUGCUUAGUUUUUUUUUUAUUGAGGAAAUGUAUUUUCUUAAUUUCCCUCUACUUGUCCCCUGUACUUACAUUCAUACAUUUUUAAGUGAACAUAUCUCAAAUUUGCUUGCACCGAAAAUUAAUGAUAAAUCAAUGUGACCCAA